AUGGCUGAUCGUUUCCCCUCAUUGGAGGACUUCUCCGCGGGGCAGACCGAAGCUAUCGAAACCAACGGCACAGACGAGAACGACUUCCUAGCUCGUGAGCGGGCACUCCUCGGAGACGAUGCGGACCAAUUUGCCACUGCCCAAUAUGCAACUUCUCCAGAUGUCAACAAAGAUGAGCUAUUGGGCGGCUCAGACGAGGUACAGGCCGACGCUGGACCUGAGAUUUCGGGAUUUGAAUCUUCAUUCCCAGCUAUAGACACACAGAAUGAGCAAGUUGCUCCUGGCGGUACCAUCACUGGCACUGGAGCUCCUUUCCCACCCACUGGCUAUUCGAGCUAUCAGGCCCCUGAGGAAGAGGCAGAACCUGUCAGGGAAUGGCGUGAGAAGCGGGAUGCGGAUAUUGCGCGUCGAGCGGAGAUCUCUAACGAGAAAAAAGAGGCAACCGUUACGAAGGCCAGGGAGGAUAUCGAUGAUUUCUACGUCUCUUACAACAACAAGACGGACAAGCUUCGCGCUCAAACUGCCGCCGAAGCAGAACAGUUCCUUGCGAGUCGCGAAAACACAUCCGCCGGAGGAACAAGCUGGGAGCGGAUUGCGAAGCUCGUGGAUGUAUCUGGAAAGGGCACCAGAGGCGGUGCGAGCGGUUCUGGAAAGGAACGUUUCCGAGAGAUACUGCUUAAUCUCAAGAAAGAUGAGAAAGCACCUGGCGCCAGCGGGGUUUGA